AUGCAAUUUUUUAAUGGUGAAAUAAACAAAAUAUGUGGAAUAAAUAUAAUUCAAAAAAUAUUUCUACCAGAAAACAAACGAAAAACAAUAGUUAAAGAUGAAAAUGUUACAAGCUUGGAUUUCAAAAAUAAUACUGGAUUAGUUAAAAUUCUUGAGAAUAAGAGAAAUUCAAAUUCUUUAUACCAAUACAAAUACAAAUUUAACAGAUCAAUAUUAAAUAAUGAUAAAGAUACUAAUAGAGCUACUUUCUACAAGAUAAAAACAUUAGAUAAUUUUCAUUUUUUUGAAAAAUGUAUCGAUUUUCAAAAUAUAGAACUAGCCAAAUAUAUUUGGAAAGCGAUUGGAAUGAAUCCUAAAGGAAAAAUUAAUACACAAGAAUUUUUAAAUAUAUUAGUUCAAGAAAAUGAAAGGAGAAACUAUCUAGAAAAAAUGGAAUAUAUAGAAAAGGCCUUACAAAUUAAAAAUAGGUUUAAGUUCAUUUUAAAUAAAAUAUUUGGAAAUUUUAUUAAAAAUUCCAAUUUUAAUAUUAAUAUUCAAGAAGAUAAAAUAUUGGAUUACUUUGAUUUGAUUAUAAUUGAAUGCCCAACUAUUAGAUAUUUCGAAAAUAUAUUAUUUAAUGAUAUUAAAUCUUCAAGUUUCGAAGAUUUAACAAAGUUUUUAUUUGUUAAAAUGACUGAAAUUUUGAAUUUCCACGAUAAUGAAUUAAGUAAUGUUUUUUGUAAAGUUGUAAAAGUUGCAUUAAUUUCAGAAAAUAUGUUCAAGUUAUGGUCAAAAGAAUUUAUAAGGCUCAAAAGUUCAAAUUUUAUAGAAAAUUUUCAAUUCAAAAACGGAAAAAAGGUGGAAAGUUUACAAAAAAAUUUACUGUACCUUAUUUUAAUUUAUGGAUAUCUAUUAGCGAACAAAUUGGAAAACAAUGAGUUUAAAGAUCAAGAAAUUUCAACAUUAUUAAAUCAAUUUACUGAAUUGUUGGAAAAUGCCAAAAAUACUGUUUUUUUUAAUCAAAUUAAGUUUUUAAUUGAAUUAAUUAUAUUACAUUUAUCUGAUGAAUCUAUACAGUCUCAUAAGUUGAAGUUGCAUAUAUUGAAGCUUUAUAAUAAAAUAAUUGAAUAUAAUCCUAAUAAUUUAAUAAAGACAUUAAUUAUUUCAAACAUAAUAAAAAGAAUUGAUGAUUACAUCAUUCAAAAUAAAGAAAACAUUUUAUAUGAAGAAUUCAUUUCUGCAAUAAACAAAUACUUUUUUCAAGAAAACCAAAUUAAUGGAAAUAAACUCUUAAAAAAUGACCUCGAAAGAUUAACCAACAAAUUAGAUAUUACAAAUUUGGAAUUACUAUUAAAAAAAUACUUAAUCAAAUCAAAUAUGAUAAAUAACACUAUUGAAUUGAUUCUUGAUAAAAUACAAAAUCAAAUAUUAAGUAAUAUUGACACUUGGAAAGAAAAUCAUUUUGAUUUUAAUCAUAUUAAUAUUAAUUUGCUCAACCAAGUAAUUCAACUUCAAAAAGAUAAGAAUUUGAGUAUUAAUUAUUUACAGAAAUAUAUAAUGCUACAUUUCACUAAAACUUUGAGAAUACUUGAAGAAAAAAAAGUUAUAAAUGAUGAAAAGAAAUUAUUUAGGUCCAACUUUGAACCAAGUAAAGUAAACACAUUGAAAUUCAUUUCUAUGAUUAACUCCAAAUUUGAUCAAUAUUGUGAGUACGAGCGUGAAGAAUCAAACUUUAUUAAAAUAGUUAAUUCUUAUAGUUUACCCAAAAUUACUCAAAGUAUUUUAAUGGAUAAUUUAUCAAAAAAUUCAUGUGACUGGGUAUUAAUUAAUGAAGGAAUACAAUUUUUAAAUAAAUAUUUAUUAUCAGCAUUUAAUAGUAAUUUAUUGGAAAAUAUUAAUGAAAUAUCUGAAUUUUCAAAAUUAAUCAUGAAUGAAAUAAAAAAACGCUUUAUAAAUGAUGAAUCAAAUCAAAUUGAAUUAAAGUUUUCUAUUCCAAAAUCAAAUAUAUACUUUGAAAUAUUAAGAUUAAUACACAAUGCAUCUUAUAUUUCAAAUCCUAAAGUAAAAGAAAAUACUAAUAUUCAUUCCAUACAGCUGUUAAAUCAAGGUAUUAUUCCUUUUAGUUUGAACUUUAAAGAAGAAAAUCCAGAUUUUCUACUUAAUAAAAUUAGUGAUUAUUUUAAUAAUAAAAAUAAUGUAAAAACUUUGGUUAAUUCUUCUCAUAGAAAAAAUAUCAAUUUAAUUUUCAUUCAUGGGUUUCUUGGAAGUGCUUAUAAAUCCUGGAACAUUGAUAUUUCAAAAGAAAGUAAAACUCCGACAAUUCUUGAUAAUAACUUCCAAAGUAAUAAUAUCCCAGAAUAUAAGGAAUAUAACUUAAAUUUUAAAUUAAAUUCUGAUAGAAACUCUAAUAUUAUCUCAAAACUGGAAAAACAUAACUAUUUAAUAUGGCCAAGAAUAUUAUUAACUGAAAAUAAAAAUAUUAAGAUGUUUGCAAUAGAUUAUUCACAUCAAAUAUUUAAUCAAAAUCAAUCAGUAACUUUAAAAAGUAUUUCUGAAGAAAUUUAUAAAAAAUUAUUAAAAGCAAAUAUUUUACCAAAAGAUAUAAAAAAUCAUAGUGAAAAAAAUAAUAUAAUAAUAUGUCAUUCAAUGGGAGGAAUAUUAUUAAAACUAAUCAUUGCAAAUCAUCCAGAAACAGUUAAAAGUAUUAAAGGAAUAAUAUUUUUUGGGACUCCUCAUUUUGGAACGAACUUGCAUUCUAAUAUAAUUAAAUUUUUUAAAAAAAAAGUUCCAUCAUAUUUAAUUGAACUUUCUUCUAAAUUUAACAUUGAAAAAUUAAGAAAAUUAAAUUUAAAAUUUCAAAAAUUGAUAUAUUCAAUUCCUAAACAAGAAAGGCCAUUAAUAUACUCAUUCUCAGAGUAUUUACCAUGUAAGAUACCAUUUUUAUUCAACAUUAGUAAAAUAAUAGUUCCUCAUUUUAAUUCAAAUCCAUUUAUUGGUAACUUUUUUAUAUUAAAAACAGAUCAUAGCUUUAUUAAUAAGCUAACAAUUUACAAGAAUGAUAUUAGAUAUUUAUUAAUUCAGAAUUUGAUUGAUUUAUAA